AAGAACCAAUUAGGGUUAGGGCAGGCGAGGCCGCACGCUUAGAUCGGGGAAUGAAUGAAGUGCAAAUGGGUAGAAUACUAAUGGAUUGAUCUUAGGUUUAUUGAUUUUGUCUAUCGAUAGAUUCUUGUUUGGAGAUGAAUUUACGGGGCUGGAGUUUGGCUCUUUGGCUGCUUACUGGUGCCAUAGAGAUGAAUGCAGCUUCCUAUAUCAGUCUUCUCAACCAUUCAUCAAUAUUUCGCUAUGAAUUUUUUUCUUUUUCUGGCGGAUUUGUUUUGUGAGGUUGAUACAUGUUACUGAUCUUUUAAGUAUCGGAUAUUUUAAUCCUUUAAACAUCACCUUUUUUUUUUUUUCUGGUGGAUUUCCCCUUUUUUUGAAAAAAAAAAAUUAAAAUUAAACAUCGAGCAGUAUUUCAGGCAACCUCUUUGCAGAAAAUUCAAUGGCGAAGAAGGUGUUAAACUGCUCGUAUAUUGAAUGGCUUUUGCUCUUCAGACUUGCUGAGAUUUUUCAUUGAAGCCGGUCUAGUAAGCCUUGGCACAUUUUACUACUGUACCAUCACCUUUCCUUUCCACUUGAAAUUGCUUUCAUAAUGCACAAUUGUGAAUGGAUUGUGAUGCCUAACUAUAAUUAGUUGGAUUAACGGCAUACAUUCUCUAUGGAGAAUUUGGUGAUAUAGAUUUGGACUGUAAAAUUGAAAAAUCAUAGGAAUCUAUCACCGGUUGUAUGUUUUGGAAGGCAUUGUAAAUCAUCGUCCAGCUAUCCCUACAUUUGGACGGUUUGAUUACCCCGAAUCGAUUCAGAAUUCACAUUGAAGGAAAUUGAGGUAAGCCGGCAGAGUUGAGAACUAACUUCCAAGGAGCGAUGCCCCUCGCAUUUGAAUCAGAAAGUAAUUCACUGCAUUUGCCACUCCGCGGGGACUGAUAUUUUUUUCCAUAAAAAAAAAAAAGAAAAUAUGAAUUACAGAUUUGAAAGAAAUAGCUUGAAUGCAUAAAUCAUAGUUUUGAGAGAAAUAAGCAAACGUAUAAAAAAAUUUACACAUUGAAUAUUUUUAAAAAAAUUCAUUGAAUUAAUCAACUAAACAUUUUUUGGACAAUUAGUAGAACAACACCAACAUUUUUCGAGUGUUCAAAUAGCUCGCUACCAGUAUGAUAAUUUCAAUGUAAUUUAAAUGCCCCAAAUUAUUUUUCACUUUCAAUUUUAAAUCAAUGGAGUAGUAUUGGUCGUUAACGUAUUUGGGCCUGUCAAAUUUGUGCUAUUGGGCCUUUAUGUGGGUUUUCUAAUUCAAUCACUGGAACGACGCAAACGAAAAGUUCGGGCAUUGGUCCAUUUCAUGCCAUCCCUAAAACGUGUAGUCGUCUGCUCAAACAAGUUCAUCCUUCAAAACUGUGCAGCGUUAUCCUAUCAUCACAUAAGUGGCAACUGUUCAGUGAUCGAUCUUUUUUUCGUAUUUUUCUUCUUCAGCUUGCUGUGAAGUAAUUUGGGAUUCCGAAAGUGAUUUGGAGGUUGGACUUCUGUAUGCUGUGUCAUUUAUUGUUAUAAUCAGGAGAGAUGGCAAUCUCAGCUUACCCCAGUUUUUAUCUAUGCAAUUGCUCUUCUUCUGCUUCUCCGGCUCCAGGUAGACAAUGUAAAUACUCCGGCCAAGCGGUGAGAGCGUUGCCCACACGGAUAAUCACAGUGGGAAAGAAGAGGUCCCGUGGGGUACAAUUAGUCGUAGAUGACUAUAUCAACAAGCUCAAACCCUAUUGCUCUGUCGACGAUAUUCAAAUUCGCUCUAAUCCUAAAAGUGCUCGUGAUGUGAGGGUUCAGGUUGAUGAUGAAGACAUGGCAGCCAUGAACCUUAUAACUGUUGAUGAUUGGAUUGUGAUGUUGGAUGAGCAAGGAUUAGAUAUUGGGACUGAGCAGAUGGCUGAGUUGGUUGCAGACGCGGGAAACACUGGAGCUUCAAGAUUAUCAUUCUGUAUUGGUGGACCUUAUGGUCAUGGACAACGAAUUCGGAAACGUGCUAAUGUAUCAAUCAGAUUAUCCUCCAUGGUUUUGAAUCAUCAGAUCGCAUUGCUUGUGUUUAUUGAGCAACUCUAUCGGUCAUGGACUAUACUUAAAGGACAAAAUUAUCAUCAUUAGUUAAUUAAGAGCACUGUGAGGGUAAAGGCAUAUCAAAUUUUGGGAUCUGGCCUUCAAAUCUGCUCCUCUGCCAUUAGGAGACUGGUGCCUUUUUUGGUUGUGUUCUCUCCGGUGACACACGGACACACUGGAUUUUGGAUUAGAAAGGUUAUUUGAGGAGACUCACAGGAAGGCAGUUCAAGGAGGCAUGUACAUGGAUGGGAUCUUGAUAUACAUUUGAAGAGAGCUUGAGGGAGGUGAUGGCAGCAGACUAGAGCAGCUUUUCUCAUCACCAUCUAGUUAUAUCUACUCGAAAAUUUCUGUCUUAGGAGUCGUUUGUGACUUUGUUUUAUGUUACUUAACCACUUAUUGAACCUUCGGCUUAUUCAUUCAGACAGUAAUGAAAUAAGUUUGUUUAUCUAAAUUAAAUUAAUAAGCUACUUAUAUGGA